CAGUCUGUUUCAUGGCAUAACUUCUAUUAAGAUGUUGAAAAACUUAGGAUAUUACACCAUUAUCAUGUCAUUCCCAUCACCACGACAUACUAGGUCAUAGGUCAUCGUUUAAGCGAGGAGCUAGUAGCUGUUUUAACAUUCAAGAUCUUCAAAUCAUAACUUUUCAAAAAGCUGUUGGGAAUUAUAUGCUGUCAUUUAUAUACAGGGGUUUCCAAUACAAAAUGACAAAGCUCUAUUCAUUUGAGGAGGUCAAGGUUUUGCAGCUGCCCUUUUGUUUCAGGGUUUUAUUCGUAACGAGCAUUUUGAUCCAAAAAAAGGGAUUAUACCUGGAGACUUUUAUGUACCUUGUUUAUUAAAGGAGGAGUUGCUUUCUAGUUUCUAGUGAAAGAAAAAUCUACUUCAGGGGAACAAGAAAGAUAAAAAGAAAGCGUAUUGCUGAUGUUGUUGAGGCACUUAUUGGUGCAUUCCUUAUUACCGGUGGUGAAAAGGCUGCUUGUGCACUUCAUGAAUUGGGUUGGUAUAAAGGUAGAUUUUACCUAUAUACCAUAUGACAGGAACUUUCCGGUGCAGCCAGAGAAGCUUAUUAAUGUCAAACACUUAGAGAAGCAACUAAACUACUCAUUUCGUGAUCCUUCUCUUCUAGUGGAAGCACUAACUCAUGGUUCUUACAUGCUCCCUGAGAUCCCAGGAUGUUAUCAGCGGUUAGAAUUUCUUGGGGACGCAGUUUUAGAUUACCUGAUCACUAGUUAUCUGUACAACAAAUAUCCUGGGAUGUCGCCAGGAGUCUUAACUAAUAUGAGGUCUGCUUCGGUAAAUAAUGAUUGUUUUGCCCGAGCUGCUGUGAAGGCUGAAUUGCACAAGCACAUUCUCCAUGCUUCAAAGAAACUCCACAAGGGGGAUAUAGUUCACACAGUUGAUAACUUUAAGAAGUUACCUACACAAUCAACUUUUGGAUGGGAAUCUGAGACUUCGUUCCCCAGGUACUAGGAGAUAUUAUAGAGUCUCUUGGAGGGGCAAUUUUUGUUGAUUCCGGAUACGAUAAGAAUGUUGUAUUUCAGAGUAUACGUCCUCUGUUAGAGCCCUUGAUUACUCCAGAAAUGAUAACUCUCCAUCCUGAUAGAGAGCUAAAUGAACUUUGUUCAAAAAUGCAUUAUGACAGGAAGAAAUCAAAAUCAUUCGAAAAUGAUAUGGCUACCAUUACUAUUGAGGUUGAAGCUAAUGGCGUCACAUACAAGCAUACAUCAACAGCUCCUGAUAAGUGGAUGGCAAGUAAAUUAGCAAGCAAAGAAGUUUUGAGGUCCUUGAAAGAGAGUGCUCAUUUAUCAAAAGAUGCUCUCCCAUCUUCAAACAACGCCUUCACCACUCCACAACUCGUUUCCUUCACCAAGUUGACUCAGGAAAUGGUUCUAGCAGCAGCAGCAGCAGCUCCCCCAACAGGAAGUGCCGCAGCUGCUGCAAGCAUGCGCUGAAGGAGGACGAUGAGUGGUGGUGCUUCUGGAGGUGCAGCCUGGACUAUGCUCCAGUCCUACUCUGAUGAUGUUCCAGGACUUAAGAUCUCCCCAAAUGUUGUUCUCAUCAUGACCAUUGGUUUCAUUGCCUUUGUUGCUGUUCUUCAUGCCAUGGGAAAGAUCUACUUUGUGCGCAGAGAGGCUUAGAGAGGUUCUGUGAGUCGAUACUUCACACUACCAGUCAAAUCUGAUCUUUUGGUUAAAUGACAUGCAAAUCUUAAAUGUUCUCACCAAGGCGCAUAAAACACAGUUGUUUUCAUGCCUACUCUUAUUUACCAACUCAUGAUUUCCUUUGCUUUCUUUACUGAGGAGGGCUGGCUUCACUGCAAUCAAGAUGCCAUCUGAUAGUAGAUCAUAUAUAGAAAGUAGAGUCCCGUUCCUAACCUUAACCAGAAGUCCAGACACUGAAGUAUCAUAUUCAUUAACCUACAAGUACUCUUUCAUUUUAUUUGCAGUUUUUAAGCCCUCACACAGUCCACACACUUGACUGUGUGAAAUUGCUGAAUCUAAUUAUGGCUGAUAUAUUACUCAAACUCAACAAUCUUUCCAUGUAAAUUCAUUGAUCAUGCAAUGUCAAUUUGAUCUGAAGUUUAAAAGGACAUGAUCUUUGGAAUGCUGCUGGUUGAGAAUUGCAUAAACACCAAGCUGUUCUUCCUAGCUGAUCAUAAUGCAAAC